GUUACGUAGUGAAUCUCGCGUCGCUGUUGCCGUUGUUGGCUCGACAGCCUAUGCAUAUUCAUUUAAUAAACGGCUUCUAACAUUCCAACUAUACAAGUUUAUCCCUUGGUUCUUUUUUUUAAACAUAUCGCGUUGUCUUUUGCUAAAUUGAACUCUGGUCAUUUUUCUACUGUCAUUUGUUUCAACUCUCCAGAGAAUUUUUUAUUCAGUGACUGUGUCAAAUAAACUAUUUGUGAGCUGCUCCCGUUUGGGUGCAACUCUGUACUUCAGUUAAAAUAAUUAAAUAUAUUGAAGUUGAACUAUGCUUCGCAUUCAGUUGAUCCUGUUUGGUUUGAUGGUGCAUAAUGUCCUUGGAGACCUACCACCAGGAACAAGGCGCAACACUUACUUACCUCCUGAACCAACAAAAGGAUAUAAUUAUAAUACACCCUCUGUUCCAUUCCCACCAAGACCAACUCCAUCACCUUUCCCAACACCCAGACCAACACCAUCCUUUCCAACUGGACCUACUAGACCAACUCCUACCUUCCCACCAUCUCGACCUCCAACAUCUAGACCAGGUUAUCCAGGUCCUGGACCAAGACCUACUCCUGGCUUCCCUACUCCAGCUCCACGACCCACGGGAUAUCCUGGACCAGGACCCAAACCUACUCCUGGCUUUCCAGAUUACACUCCACAACCUACUGGCAAUCAUGAUCAUUCUACAGGUGAUCAUCACCACGAGCCUGGAAUGCCAUUUGAUUUCAAUUACGCUGUAAAGGAAGAUGCAUUUGGAAAUGACUAUUCACACAAUGCGAUUAGCGAUGGAGACAUUGUGAGAGGGGAAUACCGUGUUCAACUUCCGGAUGGCCGCACGCAAAUAGUUCGUUACACAGCAGACUGGAAGCAUGGAUUCAGUGCUCAGGUCACUUAUGAAGGAACUCCACGUUUGGAUCUUCAACGGCCUCCUGGCACUUUCAGGGGUUAUUAAAACUUGCUAAGCCGUCACACCCGUCGGUUGGCCAAUAUUGAUCGACCUUUGUGAACAACAAGUAGGCAAUAGUUAUCGCAUUUCUGCGGUGCAACGAUUCAAUCUCAUCGAAACAAUGAGCUACCUUGAAUAGUCUCGACCGUAACAACUACAGUACACACGAAGGAUCUUGUGGAGGAGUAAAGAGAAGAAGCAUAGGCCAAAGUGUUGGUCGACACGUGAACUAAUCUCCAAGGAACUCACUUUCACUGCUCCGUGGGAAGAUCGAAUCCUCGUUCAUUACAGAGGUUUUCAUUCUGCGAUUCGUUCUCAUCAAUCUAACAAUUGUGUCACCAUACCAACAAAUUUAAACAUCCGCCACUUGUUUUUUCACUGUUAUUAUUAUUUUUAUUAUCAUUAUUUUUAGAUUAUUUAAUAUUUUUUUAAUACUUAAUUAUAGUUUUUCUUUUCGAAAAAAAAAUUUCUUUUUUCAAUGACACAAUAUUUAACAUUUGUAUUUAACUAUUCAACUAAAAGAGGGAUCAUUUUGAUUUAAAUUAUAAAAAAAGAUGUGUCACCAUUUUGUUAGCUAUUAACAGAAAACAUUGGGGUAGAAUUCCGAUUAAGAGACAUAUUCAAAAAUAAAUUAAUUGUGUAGGGAUGCACUGAAAUAGUGAAUAAUUCGAUUUAAGCCGUAUGAUGAAGGGAAGAGUACUGUUUGACGAAUACAAGUAUGAUUUCAAGUGAAAUAUAUAGACUGAUGAAAUAGCUCAACUGGUCUAGCAGUUGGCGCGCAACUAGAAGGGUUCCGAGUUCGACUCCCCUCGAUCUUGACAAAAAUUAUUAUUCGCUGAGAAGCGUCUUGGGCUAGUUGUGAAGUAAUCUGUGUAUUAAAAAA